AUGUUUCGCGACGAGCGGGAGUGCGUUGUUGAGGACGAUUCUGCCCUGCUGUCGGAGGACGAGGACGACGAAGAUCGUGCAGGUCCCCCUCCUUCCUCAGUAGUCCUGCAGAGAUGUCGCUACAAGCCCGAGCUGAAUGGACGGUAUGUCCUUAGCUUGGAACUGUCUGCCCCGGGAAGACCCGUCUACCAGAAGGAGGCGUUCAAGGAGCAGGAUCCAGAUUCGGAUCUGGAGCUGGUUCAGGUCGAUGGGCAGAAGCACGUCGCCCACUAUCGCGAGAAGGCUUCUGGUGGCCUCGAACCGGGUUGGGUUAUCAGCAACGGGCUGAAAGGCAAGUGCUUGAUGAUCAACGCCCGCGAGGCUCGGUCGCCUCCCUGCCUGGGAUGGAAGGCCAUCGACGACGAUGGGACGCUCCUUGACGACACUGGGGGCUUCUUCCAGAAGCAGGUGGGCUUCAGCCAACGGCCAGGUCGGCAGAAUCAGGCCCAGCAAAUGCAGCAGACUCCUCCAGCCGAAGGUGUUCCGACCUCCUCUGAGCCCGCGGCCCCCCGUGCCGUGGAUGCGAAGUCGGCGCGGAAGUCGCUGCAGCGACUGGACCUAACUCAGCUGCGAGGACACGUGCGCUGUCCAGACCCGUGUGUAGCCGAGUACUUCGGACAUUUUGUGGUGUUGGCGCAUCUCGAGCAUUUGGCAGACAUCAGUAGCAUCAAACGUCGCCGAGAGAGGAGCAGCGCCGACCAGCUUGUCCGAUGGGGCUAUGCUCUGAAUGGCAUGAAAAUCCUCAGCGUCUUCGGUCGGAAAGAGGCCGGCGGAAAGAAUCGGAUCCUCCCCGGGUGGGAAGAUGUUGGCGUGGAGAUGGCUGCCAUGCAGCUCCCGAUGGGCGGAGUUGACAUGGAGCGGAUGCGGCUCCGAAGGGGCGACUCGGUAACCAUCUCUCUUACCGACCCGCUCAAGGAUCGACUUGCCGAAGGGACCAUCAACGACAUCCGGCCGGGUACCCUCAUUGUCCAGAUCAGAGGGAACUUCCCGGAGGACUGCCAGAAGAAGUUUUGGCGGGUGGAUAAAUCUGCCAACGCGACCGUCUACGAGCGGCAGAUGUGGGCGCUGUUGUGCCUCAACCACGCGGCGAAGGUCCAGCCGACAGUGGAGCUGAUGACGGCUGCACCUGUUGGCCUCGCCGACCGCUGGGCUCUGCGGUGGCAGCGCGCCCCGCCUGAGGCACCAAAGAAGGGGCAGAAGCAGCGCAAAAGCAGGUCCCGCUCUGCUCCCAAGCGGAAGCGGCGGAAAGCCAGGUCACCUUCGAGCAGCGAGGCCAAAGGCAAAGCCGAAGCGGAAGAGUCCGAUUCCUCGGAGCAGCGACAGAAAAUCAAGCGCAAGAAGCGCUGUGUGGAGCUUGCGAAUGGGGAGAUAGUGGAAGAUCACCGCGAAGAUCGUUUGCUUCAGGCCAAAAAGCAAGUCGGCGAGGAGGAGGAGAUGAACGAGUCUCAGAGGAAAGCUCUCAAAGCGGCGCUGAGCCAGACUUGCACCGUCAUACAAGGACCACCGGGCACUGGUAAGACCAGUGUUUCUGUGCAGAUCCUUCACUUCUGGACAAAGAUUCUGGGAAUGACGCCGGUUCUGGCAACGUCGGAUAGCAACGUGGCCGUCGACAACAUCUGCGAGGGCCUCCGUAGCAGAGGAGUCAAGGCGGUCCGUGUGGGACGGCCUGAGAAAGUGCGAAGCGUGAUCGAAGACAUGACCUUGGAGGCUGAGGUGAAGCGCCUGAAGGAGCAGGAGAGUGCAGACAGAUCAGGCAAAGGCGAUGCCGAUGGGAACUCGGAGGCAACAGGGCAACGAAGCCUGCCAGGAGGUAAAGGAAAGGCUGGAGGCAAGUUUGGCGGAAAGUCCGGCAUGAAAGGAGGCGAAGACUUCGGAGAGGCCGCUGCACGACACUUCGAAGACCGCCGGGCGCAGAACCGCCAGGACUUCGAGCUGCAGAUGAAGAUCCUACGGGAGGCAGACGUGAUUUGCACCACCACGAUUGCUGCAGGCAUGGACUUCUUGGCGCGUCUCUCCUCCUUUGAGGGCAUCCUCGUCGAUGAAGUCGCCCAGGCCACGGAGCUGUCCACCUCGGUGCCUGUGAUCCUCCGCGGGGCCAAUCGCUUAGUGCUCGUUGGAGACCACUGUCAGCUGCCGCCGGCGGUGAUCUCACCCGAGGCAGAGGUGAGAGGGCUUUCUGUUUCCGUCUAUUCUCGCCUCGUCCAGGCGGGCGGUUUGCAGCCUUUCCUUCUGGACACGCAAUAUCGAUCUCAUCACAAGCUUGCCGAGUUCUCCAGCAAGGCUUUCUACGAUGGCCUUCUCAAGAGUGGCAUUGAGGACGACAAGCGAACGGCCCCGCAGGGUGUGCCUUGGCCCAAUUCAAAGUGCCCGAUCGCGUUCGUCAAUGUGGAUGCCCAGGAAGAGCUGGAAGGAGACUCCAAGGCCAACACGGUGGAAGCCCAGAUGGUGGCCAGCUUGGUUGGUAAGGUCCUCGGAUAUGGCGAGCUCUCGGUGAGCCAGGUGGGUGUGGUGACCCCCUAUGUGGCGCAGGUCCGGAGACUGCGCCAAUUUCUGCGGCCGGUGCCGGCCUCGGACAGUAUCCUUGAUGGGUGCUUCCACCGGGGGCUGAUCCACGUCUGCUGGAGCCAGCUGACUGAGUUGUUGUCUUCUCAUGGCAUGUUGGGCCGGCAGGGUUACUGCUCUGGCAGCCUCGCGGACUCUGCCAUAGGCAUGGAGACCCGAGUGAAGAGUCCGUCAAAGCAGUACGGCAUGGAGGAGACGUUCCCCGCGACAGAAGCUUUGCCUGGAAUCCGGUGUGCGUCGGUUGAUAACUUCCAGGGCCGCGAGAAGGAGAUUCGGGCCUUGCCGUCCCCGGAGAGGUCGCUCACGUCGGAGCUAUUUCGCGCCCGGAGCAGCGACGGGUUCUCGCAAAGGCUUGGACGGAGGAGCUAUGCGAAGGGAAAGCCCAUCCAUGUUCUUGGUUGUGAUCAGGCUACUCCGGUCCGCCUGUCAACCGUGGAUGCCGGCGACAUUGACAGCACUCGCGCUUCACUAGCUGAUGCUGGCGUCUCAGCAGUCAUACAGGAGCAGAGACGACAUUGGAGCGCCUGGAGAUGGACGUGCGGCGAUGCAACACAUGGUGGCGAUCCGGAGCUUGCAGUGUUGGCGCCGGGGAUAGCAGUGUGGAACUGUUAG